AAUUUCAAAUUUAUCAUAGACGUUACUGAUUAUCGAAGGAAAUCCUCCGCCCCCAGCGGCGCCGACCACCGCUGAGUACUGCAUUCAUUGCGGCGGAGCGAUCUCCAUUCUAACUCGACGGUGAUCUCUUCAAUCUUAAAAUUCAAUCAACCAGAAAAGAAAGAGUGCCGACUUUUUUUAAUGUAAUUAAAAAGGCUUCGAUUUCACUCACUGUUCAUGAGAUCGUGUCUACGUCUUAUAAGUCCACGAUAUAGCAUUGCAUCUUCCCAUUUCCUUUUUAUUUCUCAACAACUUUUUGGGUAUUUUCAUUGGUCUCUCUUCUUCCGGCGAAUUUCUUCCCAGACGGUUCGAUUUGUAUUGUAUUGAAGUGUUUUUGAGUUUUGUGGGUUGAACUUGAAGUGGGUACCUGGAAAUGGAGAAUGGUGAUGAGUUCAAUCAGAUUUCUGAUGCUAAAUAUGAAUGUCUUCUAUUUGAUCUAGAUGACACUCUUUAUCCUUUUAACUCUGGUUUGGCAAAGGAAAUCACCAAGAACAUUCAAGAAUAUAUGAUUGAAAAGUUAGGAAUGGAGGAGAACGUGCCUGAAUUGUGCAUUUCCUUGUACAAGAUUUAUGGGACAACAAUGGCUGGUCUUAAAGCUAUUGGGUAUAACUUCGAUUACGAUGAUUUCCAUAGUUUUGUUCAUGGAAGAUUGCCAUAUGAUAUGCUCAAGCCUGAUCCUUUAUUGAGAAACCUUCUUCAUAGCUUACCAAUUCGAAAACUUAUAUUCACAAAUGGUGAUAUGGCCCAUGCAAAUAGAGCGCUGAAGAGACUUGGAUUAGAGGACUGUUUUGAAGGGAUUUUAUGCUUUGAGACUUUGAAUCCUGAUAAGGGAACGGUUGAUGAGGAGGAAGCAGGGUCUGUAAUUUUUGACAUCAAUCAGUAUAUGAGCAAUCCAAAUUCUGAUAUCGAUCUACCGAAGACACCGGUCGUCUGCAAACCAUUCGAAGAGGCAUUUAAGCAAGUUUUCGAGAUGGCCAAUAUCAACCCGAAGAAAACUUUGUUCUUCGAUGAUAGUGUUCGAAAUCUACAAACCGGGAAGUUGGUGGGCCUUCACACAGUGCUUAUUGGUAAUUCGCAACGGAUCAAGGGGGUGGAUCAUGCGUUUGAGAGCAUCCAUAAUAUCAAGGAAGGAUUGCCUGAGCUAUGGGAAGACAUGGAGAAGCUCAAGAGCGUCACAUACUCCAGAAAGGUAGCUAUCGAGACUUCAGUUAGAGCAUAAUUGUUAGUAUUUAUGAUCAAGUGGACAGUGCAAAAACUCUUGGCAAUUGCAAUGAAUGCAAAAUAUGAGAACUUUUGAAUAGAACAUAUUGCCUCCUCAUGAUAAGAGGGAAAAUUUGUGUCCUUUUAAA